GUUAGUUAAAGACGUUGAAAAUCUAGCUACUACUGCAACAUCUAUGAAGAAAAGCGCUGCGAAAGUGUACGCUGUGGUCAAACACAUGCGUAAAAUUACGCCCAAAUGUAUUAAAUUACAAUACAACAUGGAAGACAAAGAGGACUUAUUCCGAUAUGUACACAGAUGUAUAAAUUUCAUCGGUGAACUACAAAAAGGUAUAUUUGAUAAAACACUAAUUGAAAUUCAUAAAAUGGAAAUGGAAGCACAAAUAAUUUGUGAUAAAAUAGCAGAAAUUAAAAUUCCUGGAGCUAAUCCAAGGAUUCGGACAAAUGAUUCGGACGCUUCUACAAGUGGUGAUAACAAGGAUGAGAUCGUCGACGUCGACUGAAUACGGCGCUAUGAUGUAGUAGUAGUUGUAGACUAGUGGCUGAAAUGCAAACUUGCAUUUUUUAAGAUCGUAGAAAAAAUAUCUGCGAGGAUUCUAGAGCGCAAUCGAGAGUUAAUAUCAAUUUUGUAACUUAUCUAUAAGCAAUAUAUAUAUAUAUUUAGGCGGCAGAAAGUGAGUAAAUGUAAGAUGAUUU